GAAGCGAAUUUCUGCUGCUCUUUGCUUCUGUUCCUGCUUCUGUGGCUUUUUUCUUCUGCCUGGAUGGGAGAGAAUAAGAAAUAUACAUAGAAAAAGGGGUGUAUCGUUGUCUGCUCCGCUCUGCCAAAUUUGCAGUAAUCGACUAUAGUCAUUGGAAGAACACACGAAUGUGCACGCAUACUGUUCUAUUUGGCAUCGUCUGACCUCUGUUUUAUCUGACCGGAAACAAAAGACAUGGCCGUGGCUUCCCUAAUUUGCCCUGAAACCAUAAGCAGGGUGAGCUCUGUUCUCAACCGAGAGGUGAAGCAAUUUGGAAAGAAGUACAUGUUUGACAGAAAUGAGGAAACUAGUUGGAACUCAGACCAGGGUGCCAUCCAGUGGCUGACAAUGGAAUUUCCUCAGACUGUCCAGGCGUCUCAAAUUCAGAUUCAGUUCCAGGGGGGCUUUGCAAGCCAAAAAUUAAUUCUGCAAGGUGGCCGGAAAGGAGCUGCUCUCUCGACUGUUGCUGAAUUCUACCCUGAAGAUAACAAUUCUCUCCAGAGCUUCCCGUUCAAAGCAGAACCGCUGGAUAAACUGAAAAUAACUUUUCAAAACAGCUCGGAUUUCUUUGGACGAAUUAUCGUCUACCACCUUGACAUCCUUGGGCAGAAACUUUGAUAGAGAAGGAGCGAGAAGCUGAAGGAUUUGUGAAGCCGGUGGACUGGCCUGAACCCCUGUCAGAAAUGGUGUAGGGCGGAGGGUUGGACUAGAUGACCUACAAGGUCCCUUCCAACUCUGAUUAUCUGUUAAA